AACUAAAUCGUGGUUUUGGAUUUCGAUAAAUGUAAGAUACGAGAUAUAAAUUAUUGUUUAAAAAGAGAAUGCAAGUGCCUACUCAAUAAUAUAUAAAAAUUGAUGGGAUUUAAAUUACCGACGAUUUCUUCUUCGUUAACGAUGACACGAUGAUGUCAGCACCGAACACAGCUUUCGUGAGACAAGCCACUAUUUAUAAGCGUUGCGUUCAUCCAGCAAAAUCUCAUCGUAUGCGUAUUAUAGAACAUUUCGAUGAAUAGUAGGUGUAACAACGACCAUUUCGUCCGUGGAUCAUCACCAUAAAUAUGCCUGCUUUCUGGGUCUGUGCUUUUGCGGAAUCUUAUGAUGGAGACGAUCGCAUUAGCGUUAAUUUUCACAUACUUCGGCUCCCAGUUGCUAUCGUUGCUUGAAUUACCAGCACUUUCUACUGAGAACAAAUUGGAAUACAAUUUCUAUCCCGUUGCAAGUGGGCAGCUCCAAUUUCGCGUGAAAACUUCAAAUGAUGCUCAUAUCGCUCUUACGACAGGCCCCCAAGAGGGAGAACCUAUGUAUGAGGUUUUCCUUGGUGGUUGGAGUAACAGCAAGUCCGUAAUCCGUAAAAAUAGAGUAAAGCCUGAUGUUGCCGAGCUAGAUACUCCUGGUAUCCUGAGUGGCGAUGAAAUGCGUGGUUUCUGGAUCAGGUGGGGUGAUGGUGUUUUAUCAGUUGGUAAAGAAGGUGAACCAAGUGCAUUCCUAACUUAUGUCGAUCCAGAACCGUUUGGAAUCGGUUACUUUGGAGUAUGCACCGGUUGGGGCGCUAACGGUGAAUGGUUAAUCGAAGGACGCGACCGUCUGUUCACGCUAAAUGAGUUAGUCUACAAGUUUCACAAUGUAAGAAGCGGUUCGAUACUCAUCGAAGUGAAGGCUAAGAGCAAUGCGCACAUCGCUUUGACCAACAAAAAAGGCGAUUCGAGCCCAAUGUACGAAAUCAUACUCGGGGGCUGGGAAAACACAGCAUCCGCCAUCAGAUACAACCGUAAACAGCCUGAUAAGGUGCAUGUGAACACGCCGAAUCUGCUGAACGAGUACGAAAUGAAGAAGUUCGCGAUUUGUUGGCUUGAUGGUCGUAUCACGGUCCGAACCGGUGGUCUUAGCGGUUCUAUGAUCGUGGAAUGGCAGGAUCCUAAUCCGAUCGGCAUAAGCUACUUUGGUGUGCGCACCGGUUGGGGAGCAACCGGCAAAUGGAAACUUCAAACCGCACAGAAUCCACUCCACCCGACUCCCAAUCAUAAAAAUGUGAACCCAUCAGCCCCAUCUCCACCGGUGGAAGGAGUAUUAGAUAUUGGAGACAUUUGCUGGUGUGGAGCAGCAGGUGGAAUACUUCCUCCAGGUGCAGUAGAAGGGGGAAAAGACGGUGAACCCCUGUACGUAGGCAGAGCUUAUCACGAAGGUGCCCUUCUGCCUGGCAAAGUAAAGCCAGGAGACAGUGUCUGCUACGUAGCUUGGGGUGGUGGCGAGCAUGCAAAGAGUGAUUACGAGGUUCUCUGUGGUUGUAAUCCUGCAUGGGUGCAAGUAAGCGAUAACAACAUUCCUCGCAACGCGAUUCCAGCUGGUGAAACAGAAAGCGGAGAACCACUUUUCGUCGGACGUGUAGAACACGAAGGCACUGUGACAAUCGGCAAAGUACAACCCUCACACAGUGUGUGUUACAUACCGUAUGGUGGUUCUGAAAUCGCGUUCCCUCAAUAUGAGAUCAUGGUUCAAGGGCAUUAGAUUAGAGUUGACUACACCGACGUCGAUGAAUCUGCCAAUGAAUUCCAAUCGCUUUCAGUGAUCAUAUUUUUUAGCACGAUAAAAUACCGGAAGUGGAUUAUAUCAAAAAUUUAAAAAGGGAAAUGUAUUUUACAUGUAGAUAGCUAUCUUGUUCAAUGAUUGCGUACCUGAAAACGUAUGAAAAUAUUGCAGCUUAGUAAUCGAAUUUCGAUUGUUAUUAUUAAGAGAGGAAAGAGCAAUAUAUUACGUAUUAUAAGAUUAAUGAGAAUGUCCUAUGUGUGCAAACUAGUCUAGUUACAAAUGGGCGGUUUUUUAUUCAUGUUCAUCGAUUAGUUGGUGUAUAAUGGGUAUAUACUUCUAUACCGAAUAUAAUUACCAUCACAUUAAAGUAGAACGCAUAAAUCAAAAACUGGCAAUAUAUAUUGUAUAGUUUAGCCCUAUAUGCGCUACUAAUUGGCUAAUUAUCUUUCAAUAUUUAUGC